UUGAGAGGGAAGGACAAAAGUGUUUACUAUUAAAUGAAGAUUAAAGGAUGGGUUUAUUUCCUUCUAGUAAACCUUACUCUGGUCCAGGGGGGUAUCAAGGACGACCUUAGAACCAGGUUCACCGGAAAUGAAGAGGACCUGGAGAAUAUACUGAACCUGCUGGAAAAACAAAAUCUUCUCCAGACCUGGACCCAGAUACUGGAGAACCCGAACUCUGCUCUUCUUGUCAUAGAUAUGCAGAAUGAUUUUAUUUCAGGCAGUAUGGAACUGGAGGGCGCUGAUGAGCUGAUAGAAACCAUCCAGGACGUAGCAUCUGGUUGGGACUGGGGAAAAGUCGUCUUCUCACAGGAUUGGCAUCCAAGGGAUCAUAUCUCUUUUUUCUCUAAUGUGGAGAAGCGACCUCUAGACGAAACAUGGAGAAAUAAAAAUCCAGGUGAAAUCAGUGUUUAUGAUGAAGUCGUCUUUGCUGCAACUCCGCCAUAUUCACAGAUCCUAUGGCCGGAUCACUGUGUGCAGGAAACUGAAGGAGCUGAUUUUCCACCAGAGCUGAAACCUUUAGUAGAAGCAAACUCGACAUAUCUUAUUAGAAAGGGAACCAAUCCGGAAGUAGAUUCUUAUUCUGCAUUCUUUGAUAAUAAUGGAAACGGGAAUGGGGAUACAGGACUUAAGGAUAUCCUACUGGGAACAGUUACUGAGGUAGUUGUUGUUGGACUAGCUACAGAUUAUUGUGUUGGAAGAACUACAAUAGAUGCUCAGGGUCUUGGUAUACCUGCUACGAUACUACUAGAUGUUAGUAGAGGAGUUGCUAAUCAGUCAAUUCAGGAUAUGUUGGGACGGAUUGAAAACUCCGGUGGGCGGAGUACAACCUGGGAGAACUGGAGAACAGAUGAAUGGAGCAGAGCCAAGCAUAUUGCUCAAACCUUGAUUUCUCAAGGAUCCAGGGAACCAAAAUCAGGGUUUUCUGAAAGUUUUGUCGAGAACUCGGGAACCAAAACCUCAACAUUUAAUUGUGCUUUGGGAUUGGGAACUUAUCUCAUUCUAAUCUUUACGCUUCUAAAUCGCCAUUUUAUGUAAUUUAUCUGCAUGAAUGUAUAUUAUGCUUGAUAGUGUUUUUUUGUAAUCCAUUCAGCAUUUUAUUUGCUUGAUUUCGUUUUUCUUAAUCUCUUAAACUUAAUUCUUUUGAUUUAUAUCGUUAAAUUUUGCCUCAAAAUAAUUUAUCCAAUUAUUUGUUGAAAGUAAUAUUCACUUAGGGUCGAUUCAAUAGAAUCACAAGGCCUUACUGGAUUCAAGAAGGCUAUAGAGCACUAUUGGGCAGUACUUAACCCUAUAAAACAGGCUGUGGGGGGGGGCGUUUGGCACCCUCCCCUGUGGUUUGUUUGUCCUAGAACUCUUAUUUUUGACAAUAUCACCGUGAAAUUUUGUGACUUUUAAUUAAUAGUAAUUUAAAUUUUUUAAUUUAUAGGGUAGGGUACAGGGCGGA